AUGACUACUACUCUAUCAUAUCAAGAUGUUGCCAAGACUCAAUUACCCAAUUCCAACUUGUUCCGAGAUAGUAGUGAGGAUUCAAUAAUUGAGGAGGAUAUAAACACUGCUGACGACUGUGAUUCAGACGGUGAGGUGGCCUGUUCCGAUGAGGCUACUCUCAGAGUAUUACUACUACGUGAGAGGAGCAAAUUGAUGGGUGCCAAGGAGACCAUUGCCAGUUUGGUGGAGCAGAUCACUCAGUACAAGGAGUUGGUUGAGGAGGAGAAGUCAAUCCUAGAGACAAAGUUGAACGAGGAACGAAUCACCAAGUUGGAGCUCUACCAGAUACUAAAGGCUGUGGAGAGUGAGAAGGAUACAGUCACCAAGCAAUUGGAUACUGUUAUCAAGGAGUGUGGUCAGUUGGAGCAGGAGAAACAGACCAUAUCAAAGGAUAACAUUAAUAAUCUUCAAUCAUUAAUGGAGGAGAUAUCCGGUAUCGAGGAGAACAAUGAUGCAUUGGAGAAGUCGUUGGAUGCCGAGCGUGCCAAGUGCAAGUUGCUGGAGAAACAAUUGUCCGAGCAGUUGUCCAUCAAUCACAAGUUACAAUCAGUCAACACAUCACUGGGUGACAACAAUGCCUUGGAGUCAAUGAGAAGACAGGUGGCUGAGAUGCAAACACAACUUACCAAAGAGAAGGAGAAGAUGUCAAUGGCCGAUCACUAUCUUGUCCAAGCCCGAAAGUCUUUGGGACUGACGACCAACAUCACAGGGGGAUCUGCCACCGUCGACAUUCAGGAGCUCACAAGUCUCAAGACAAACCUGGAGGAGGAGAGGAAGCAGUUGACACGUACCCAGAUGCUGCUCGAGGAGGAGAAAAAGAGGUCCGAGUUGAACAAGAGAUCAUCUGACAACAUGGUGUCUAGGAUCAGAGACCUAAUUGCUUCACACCAUGUCACACUCCAACAACUCGACGAUGAGAAGGAGAAUGUCAAGUUGAUGACUACAGAGCUCGAUCGUCUCAGACAACAGACUGGACAGUCAAUCAAUGUAUCCAACAAUUCCACACCAUCAUCCAUGUCACCACAUCAACAACCAUCAAAGCCUUCCCUAAGUAGUAUUGAGAACCUCCGUAUCUCUGGUGAACCUGUCCCGACAGAGUCCAGUUCCAGACAGAUGUUGUACAAGUCAAUCAUCAGGAAUGGAGCGCUUGGUCAAGAAAACAUUGGUGGUGUAGCAUUAGAGGGUGGCAAGGGCAAGCUAUCCAAAGUCAAGUACACAAGCAACAACUCACCAGUGAUCCUGGAGAGGAAGCAAUCAAUCAGUACUAUAUCAUUCAAGCAGAGCAAGAAGUUGGAGAAGGAGAUCAAGGAAAUAUCGCGAAAGAUUCAACAAGAGGAAGAGGAGGUAAAGAAGCCCACAAACGACUCCAAUGAUGAGAAGCAAGGUGACAUUUUGGGAGGUUCAGCUACACCACCUCCAUCUCUUCGAUCCAAAGGUCCUCCCAAGCUUGUCAAGAGAGGAUCAUCAUUCUUUGACCUUGUGACAAGACGUCCUAGGUCGUCUUCCUCUUCUGAACUUGUGAAUAACUCUUCGUCUGCAACAUCCAAAGCAAAGGAUCCGUCUGCCCCCAAGACACCAUCGACAUUGUCAAGGGCAUCGGGUGCUGCAGUAUCAUCACAGAUGCCACCACCAGCUGUGGAGAAGGCUAGUCCAACAAUCACAAGGAAGAAGUCAUUCUGGCGAAUAUCCUCUAAAUAA